AUGUCCGUCUUGUCCACUAAAGGUGCCACCAUCGUUCUUGGUGCUCAAUGGGGUGAUGAGGGUAAAGGAAAGCUCUCCGACAUUUUGUGUGGAGAGGCUGAAAUUUGCGCUCGCUGCCAGGGAGGAAACAAUGCUGGCCAUACUAUUGUCGUAGGUGAUGUUAAAUACGACUUCCAUAUGCUUCCCUCUGGCUUGAUCAACCCUAACUGCGUCGCCUUAAUUGGUAACGGUGUGGUCAUGCAUGUUCCCUCCUUCUUCGCCGAGCUCGAAAAGAUCGAGGCUAAGGGUCUCAACGCUGAUGGUCGUCUUUUCGUCUCUGACAGAGCCCAUCUUGUUUUUGAUUUCCACCAAAUGAUCGAUGGUUUGAAGGAAGCCGAACUCGGUCGUGGAAGUAUCGGAACUACUGGUAAGGGUAUUGGCCCAACUUACUCUUCCAAGGCCUCUCGAUCUGGUCUUCGCGUCCACCAUCUCUACAACUUUGAAGAAUUCUCCGCAAAGUUCAGAGUCAUGGUUGCCAACAAGCAAAAGCGUUACGGACAUUUUGAGUAUGAUGUCGAAGGUGAACUUGAACGCUAUAAGGCUCUCGCUGAACGUCUGAGACCCUAUGUGGUCGAUGGCAUUGGCUACAUUCACAAGGCUGCCAAGGACGGCAAGAAGAUUUUGGUCGAAGGUGCCAAUGCUCUUAUGCUUGAUAUCGACUUUGGUACCUACCCUUAUGUGACCUCCUCCAAUACUGGUAUUGGCGGUGUCUCCACUGGUUUGGGUAUCCCACCUUCCCACAUUGACAAGGUCAUUGGUGUCGUCAAGGCUUACACCACUCGCGUUGGUGGCGGUCCAUUCCCUACCGAGCAGCUUAAUGAUAUUGGUGAAUACCUUCAAUCUGUUGGCCAUGAAUAUGGUGUUACCACUGGCCGAAAGCGUCGCUGCGGUUGGCUCGAUCUUGUCGUCAUGAAGUACUCUGACAUGAUCAACGGAUAUACCAGCUUGAACCUCACCAAGCUUGAUAUUUUGGAUCAAUUGGAAACCAUUAAGAUCGGUGUCAACUACUUGCUUGACGGCAAGGUUCUUGAAUCCUUCCCUGCUGAUCUCAACGUUUUGGAGCGCAUUGAAGUUGAAUAUAUCGAAGUUCCCGGAUGGAAGCAAGAUAUCUCACAAUGCCGCAAGUACGAAGAUUUGCCUGUCAAUGCUCAAAAGUACGUUGAGUUGAUAGAGAAGGAGCUCGGUGUUCCAGUCGAAUGGAUUGGUGUUGGUGUUAGCCGCGAUGCUAUGAUUCACAAGCCUACCCAAUAG